AUUACAUAUCCUCUCAGCAAGUUAAGUAACAGCAGCAGGCCGAGAAGAAUCUCCUCUUCAAUUCAGUCUUUACAUAUCGAAAAUGGCGGAGAGUUUUCUGGGAGAUCCAUUCAAGCGCUUCUUCUGGAGCCCUCCAAUCUUUCGUCAGUGGUCUGGAUCACUAGCUCUGAUGGAUUGGCUUGAAACCCCCACUGCCCACAUCUAUAAGGUUAACGUCCCAGGCUUCGGGAAGGAUGACAUAAAGGUUCAGGUAGAAGAUGGGAAUGUUCUGCAGAUAAGAGGAGAAGGUAGGAAAGAGGAAUCAAUUGGGAAAGAUGCGGUUUGGCACAUAGCUGAGAGAGGGACUUCGAAGGGAGAGUUCGCUCGAGAAAUUGUGUUGCCGGAGAAUGUGAAGGUAGAUCAGAUAAAAGCUCAGGUAGAAAAUGGUGUUCUUACUAUCGUCGUCCCCAAAGAUACAACUCCCAAAUCAUCGAAAGUUCGUAAUAUUAACAUUUCCAGCAAGCUUUGAAGUUGAAUUUUCAAUUAAAAUGGAAAUCUACUUGUAAGAUUAUAUAAACAGCAUGAACGAGAACUCUAAAUUUCUGGUUUCUUGAGACUGUAUCAUAAAGUUCUGAAUUAAUCU